GUGUGUGUGUGUUGCCGGUCUGGCUGUAUCGCUUUGAUCCCAAUAUGAGGGGAUAUGAACGUGUGAAAUGUGUUUGCGUCUUUAAUCGACUGAAGACAUUGAACGUUUGCGUCACCAUUGUGUGUGCUUGUGUGCGUGAGAGCAAGAGAAAGAGAGACAGACAAAGAGGGUGAGAGAUUUGUCCAGUCUGUCUCAAAAGCUCUGCCACUGUUUUUAAUUGUUUGUUUUGAACUCUGUUAUGAUGUCUGACUUUGAGGAAUGGUAAGGGAAACUUUAAGGUUAUUUUUUGGUAAUUUGGGGUUUGAGAUGAGUUUCUUGUCGCUUUGGAUUUUGACGUUAAAAUACGUUUUAGAUUCCAAUCUAAAACGUAAAGUCAAAUCUCACAAGUGUGGCGUGUGUUCCAACUCAACUCUAUCUAACAUCCCUCUCCCUAAACACUCCCCCUCCUCCCUUUCUCCCCCAUGUUCCAUAUCUUGCCCAGGCUGUCCCAACCACGAGCUGUGCGCGCAGAGUAUGCUCCUUGUUUCAGGUGCGCGAUCCUUUUAUACGCGCACCUUUUUACGCACACACCUGACCUGGUUCAAAGUGCCUCUUAUCCGUAUCGCAGUCCCCGCUAGACCUGGGUCAGGUUCGACCCGUCGUCUGGCUACAGCCACCUUUUCUCCGGCGAGGCUGCGGGAAAGAGAUGAAGGAAGGAGACGCGACGUGCCACCGUGCGGGGAGGGGCGCAAGCGGUGGUGGAGCUGGAGGAGGACGGGAGGACUCGCUCCUAAGACUUGGAGGGCGCGGUCUUCGCUCUCCACGCGCACUUCGUUUAUAUUCCAAUUCUUCCCCCAGUUCCAUUUCUGCCAGCUGCCCUUGCGCAACGCAGGGACUACCCUCCAGUGGAGGGAAGAGAAACACAGAAACAGUGACACCCCUCCUCUGUCUGACCGCCGCCUGCCCACGCGCGCCGUGUAGUGGGAUAUCUUUGUGUGCACCCCACCCCCCCCCCCCCCCUCCCUUCCUCUGAGGGGCCGUUUCUCACCGUCCGACACGGGUUCGAACCCCCGCUUUGAACGCUCGUGCCAAAACAAACGGACCUCGGCUAUUUAUUGCCCCCCCCUGUCUCAACGUACCCCGCGGAGUGGGGAGAGCACACUGAGACAAAUCGGAGCCCGUUUAGGUACCCCCGCGCGUCUCCAAACCAGAGCGGAGCGGUGCGCUUUUUACGCUUGAGGAAAUGUCCAAUUCCGGGGACUCGUUGGACCCGCUGGAUCCCACGGUAGAGCUCCACGCAACAAAACAACUACAAUAACAUCAACAACGACAGAGAGCUCCCGGGAUAAGGUUUAAAAUACGGUUUGGUUCUGAUUCUGCCGAUCUGCACCGGAAACCGCCGGCGGGGUUUGGAAUGCGGCCCGCGGCGCUGUUGACGCAUCUCGUUCUCCUCCACCUCCUCCUCCUCCUCUUCUGCUCCCCGGCGGUGGAGGGCUGCGGGCCGGGCCGGGGCUAUGGCCAGCGGCGGCCCCCCCGGAAGUUGGUGCCGCUCGCCUACAAGCAGUUCAGCCCAAAGGUGGCGGAGAAGACGCUGGGCGCGAGCGGGAGGUACGAGGGCAAGAUCACGCGGAGCUCGGAGCGCUUCAAGGAGCUCACGCCCAACUACAACCCGGACAUCAUCUUCAAGGACGAGGAGAACACGGGCGCGGACCGCAUGAUGACCCAGCGCUGCAAGGACAAGCUUAACUCUCUGGCCAUCUCCGUCAUGAACCUAUGGGCAGGGGUCCGGCUCCGCGUGACGGAGGGGUGGGACGAGGACGGACACCACCUGGAGGAGUCACUCCACUACGAGGGCCGGGCCGUCGACAUCACCACCUCCGACCGCGACCGCCACAAGUACGCCAUGUUGGCGCGGCUGGCCGUAGAAGCGGGCUUCGACUGGGUCUACUACGAGUCCAAGGCGCACGUGCACUGCAGCGUCAAGUCAGAACAUUCCGUGGCCGCAAAAUCCGGCGGUUGUUUCCCUGGCGACGCCUUGGUUACCACGGAGACCGGCGGCCGGACAGCCCUCCGCGACCUCCAACCCGGGGACCGUGUCCUCACCGCAACCUUUGACCCCGCCCACCUGCUCUACAGCGAGGUCCUGACCUUCCUGGACCGCGACCCCGUGUCCCGGAAGCUCUUCUACACCGUCCACACCCACUCCGGCGCCGCCCUCUCACUGACCGCCGCCCACUUGCUCUUCGUCGCCCGCGGCAACUGCACGGAAGGGGCGGAGCCGACCCCGGGCGACGCCAUGAUGGCGGUGUACGCCAGCGACGCCCGGCCGGGGCAGUGCGUCCUGGUGGUCGCCCCCGGCAACAGUGACGGCGGCGACCAGGGGGGCCGUCUCUCGCGGGUGGUGGGGGUCUCGGGCGCGAGGGGUGGGGGCCGGAAGGGGGCGUACGCGCCGCUCACGGCCCACGGGACCCUGGUGGUGGACGGCAUGCUAGCCUCGUGUUACGCCGCGGUCGACGGCCACGAGCUAGCGCACGCAGCGUUCGCGCCGCUGAGGCUUCUGGGUAGGUGGUGGGGUGGAGGGAGAGAGGGGGGGGAGGGGCUACACUGGUACGGAAGGGUCUUACACUGGGUGGGCCGGAAGUUGCUGGACCCGGGGAGGUUUCACCCACUGGGCAUGGCCGAGGACGGCUGGUGAGGGUGAUGGGGAAGGGUUAGGACACUAACGCUAACGGACAAAGCUAGAUGGAACCUAAAGACGGCGCUCAGAAAAACAAGUGGGGGAGGCUGUGCGUGCGAGUUUGUGUAUGCGUGCGAGUGUGUGUGUGCACAUAUGAGUGUUUGUGCGAGUGUGUGUUGGUGGGAGUCUGGGCGCGUGUGAGUGCGAGUGUGCGCGCGGGUGCCUAAGAAUUGCGUGCUCUGAAUGGAUUUCGUCCGUCGGGGCUUUUGGCGUGAGGACCAACUAUUCACGAAAUGGACAAGCCUCUUUUUUGCCACGAUUUCAUCAAACGAGGAUUCCUCCGUCGCUGAACUCUAACGUAACAGCCGACACCGCGCUGUUCCCUUUGAGCGGCCCUCAAAGACAAAGGAAAAAAAGCAUUUUUUUAUUGCCGGGUUUGCAGUCCUGUGCAGAAAACAAAGCGUCUGGAAAUAGCCGAAAAAGGAAAGAGGAAGCACUUGCUCAACGAAUGAAAAUGAAAGUGUAAACAUAUAGCCUGCAUGAGAGAGAGAGAGAGAGAGAGAGAGAGAGAGAGAGAGAGAGA